UUCCAUUCUCUGUACCAGAAAAAAGCUCCCUUUGGUCUGGUUGCCAUGGAAAAACCUCUACAAAAUUUGCAGGACAGUCUCACUGUCCCCACUGAGCUGCUUAACUUCUCCCACUUCCAGCCUGAGGGGUUAUCCUAGCUUUGGGUCAUUAUCAGAAGGAAACAGGCUUGAUGGGAGAUGGGCUGGCAACGCCCCCAAAGGAAAAAAAAAGAUAAAAGGGAAAUGGGGAGGCUGAGGAGGGUUUGCCAUCCUGUGCCCUUGUGGUCAAUGGCCAGCCUUUGGGAGAACCCACGGAACGCAGGGAAAUGUCUUCCCGAGGACUCCAGGGCCUGAGCUAAAAACGGAACCUCCCUGGGUGACAUUUCCCACCCUGGAGUUACAGGAACAGUCAGAUGGCACUCUCUGGGGACUGGUCCAAGGACCCAAAAGCCCCCCAGCUGGACAGCUGCCCCUCCCCAGGCAGAAAGGAGGAAUAACAGAUUGUCUCUCUUCCCCCCAGUCCAGCAUGGAGGCCAUUGCAAAGUUUGACUUCAACGCCUCCGGAGAGGACGAGCUGAGUUUUCUCACGGGAGAUGUCCUGAAGAUUCUCAGCAGCCAAGAUGAAUGGUUCAAAGCUGAGCUGAGGAGCCAAGAGGGCUACGUACCCAAAAAUUUCAUAGAUAUUCGCUUCCCUAGUUGGUUUCACGAGAACAUCUCCCGGCACGAAGCGGAGAGCCUGCUCAUGGGCAAGGACGUGGGCUUCUUCAUCAUCCGAGCCAGCCAGAGCUCACCUGGGGACUUCUCCAUCUCUGUCAGACAUGAAGAAGAUGUCCAGCACUUCAAGGUCAUGAGAGAUGCCAAGGGUCACUACUUCCUGUGGACAGAGAAAUUUCAGUCCCUGAACCAGCUGGUGAAUUUCUACCGGACCUCCUCCAUCUCAAAGCAGAAGCAAAUCUUUCUGAGGGAUGGGAGCCGAGAAGACCAGAACUGCUGGGGUGGGAGCCUGGAACGGCGGCUCCAGGAAGGGCUCCACGUUGGCAGAGAAGAGCCUCGUCCUUCCACGAAUAGGAAGCUGCCCGACCACCCCCCAGCUCUGCAAUCGCAUUAUCAGGAGCAGCCGCCACCCCAGCAGCAGCAGCGGUUCCAGCAUCAUCAGCUUCAGCCGGACCGGCGAGGAGGCAGUUUUGACAUCAGUGAUGGACGCCGGAUGAACCCUGAGAUGAGCCCCGCCCUCAUGCAUCGGAGACACACAGACCCGGAACAGCUGCAAUUGGUAGGGAGAGUUCGCUGGGCCCGGGCCCUGUAUGAUUUUAAAGCGGAGGAGGAGGACGAGCUGGGCUUCUGCACUGGCGAGCUGGUGGAGGUCCUGGACAGCUCCAACCCGUCCUGGUGGACCGGCCGACUGCACAACCAGCUGGGCCUGUUCCCAGCCAACUACGUGAGCCCUCUCCCGCGCUGAGGCCGGGGGCCAGGCCCAGCCGCGGGGAAGGGGAAGGGGAGCGGGGUCUCUUACAAAGGCAUGAGAUGCGAACUUUUAUUUCUGUAAUUUAUUGGUGAGGGAUGAUAGGUUAGUUAGUAUAAAAGGCACCCAGGUAGGGGGCUCUUUGGGUCCCAUCCCCCCUUUCCUUCAAGAAGGGGGGGGCAGUGCCCUCCCUGAAGUGCCCUCCUUUCUCUUCCACCUGGUCCUGAGUCCUCCCUGAGAACGGGAAGCAGAAGCCCCCUCCCCACAGAGGAGGAGACAUCCACGGGUGCAGGGCGGGCUUCAGCCUCCCCGCUCCACCCCACCUCUGCCAGCUGAGCCCCCGAGCCCCUGCUCCCCUGGCAGGAGCCGCCUCUGCAGGGAGAGGGCCUCUGGGUCGGGGCUGUGUAGGGCAGCAACACAGGAGGCAGACGGAGAGAGAAAGUCAGGGUGGAGGGGACGGAGCACGGGACUGGGACGCAAGAAAGCCCUUGGACUGACGGGCCCAGGAAGCCAAUGGGCUUCUCAGAACCAUGGUUUUAAAUGCAUAUAAUAAAGUACAGAGGAUUACAAAGGAAAAAUAUA